ACUACUGUCUACCGCUCGCGAAUCGCUUGUUCUCUUUUAACUUUCAGAGGAUUUGAGGAUUUGGAUCCAGCCGCAUCCACCUCCUCCGCCUACCCCGAUCCAGCCAUGUCGUCGGCGGCGCCGCCUGCCCAGCAAUCCAAAACCUCCUCCUCCCACCACCGCCGCCACCACCCCGCCUCAAGGCAGCCGCCGCCGCCGCAGCAGCGCGACGCUCCCAAAUCCGCCGCCCCCGCCGCACCAAAAGCCUCGCCUUCGCCCCAGUCAUCGCUCACCACCGCGCUCCGAUCGUCGGUCGCCUCGUCGUCGUCCGCGUCCCGUGCCGGCGGGAGUAGCACCAGCGCCGGCGGCAGCGGAGGAGGCAGAGGCGGAGCGGCCGAUGGAUUCGUCGCGUACCUGCCGCACGACGAGGCGGUCGCGGCGGGGCUCGGCGGCCUCGACGCCCAGGAGUCACAGGACGUCGUAGACCUCCUCAACGAUGAGCUCGCCGCGCUCCUCCGCGCCAAGCCCCGCGAGUUCUGGCGCCAGGUGGCACAGAAUACUUCUUUGCAUGACUUCCUGGAUAGUUACCUACAAUUUAGGCACCGGUGGUAUGAUUUGCCACACCGAGGCCCAAAAGGGACAGUAGCGGGUUUGGUUGUUGGGGAGCUUGAGCUUUGCCGUCGUGUCUUUAUGGUACUCUACCGCAUAUCUUCAAACAAGGAUCCUGGAGCAGGCCGUGGUGAGUCCCUUAGUACGACGGAGCAUACAGCCCUUGUGCUGGAGAAAAAAUUGCUUGAUCUUCCAAAAUUGUUGGAUAUAUGUGCUAUCUAUGAGCAUGACAACAGCAAGUUGACAAGUUCACUGGUUACAAAUGCUAUCAACGUGCAGCCAAACGUUCUGGAUAGCAUUAAUAUAGCCAUUCCUCAAUUCCUCGGCAUUUUCCACACAAUGCAUGAUAGGUGCAUGACAUCAUUACAGGUGCUCACUUCACCUGGAUCUAAUGCUAAUGGAUAUGGCCAGCUUCAGAAAGACUUCUUGGAGGUGCUAGAUUUUAUAAAUGAUGCAAUUGUCACUUUGGAUUCCUUUGUUGGUGCUUAUCAACCUGCUUCUUUAUUGUUCUGUACUAAUUUUGAAAUGAGCUAUGGGGUUGACGAAUUAUUGAAUACCCUUUCUAGACUGUAUGGUUCAUUGUUACCAUCAUUGCUUCAGGGGUUUAAAGUUAUGUCCAGGUCCCAGAGCAAUGGAGAGGCAUCAUCUGAUAUCAUACUUAGCGACAUAGCUCUAGGUAUAAAGAUGUUGUCAAAGAGAGCAGUCAGAUUUGGUUGGAGAUUAUUGCACUACUGCUACUUAAAUGAUCAACUUAGGGAGCAUGAUACUCAAGACUAUACUAAGAUGUUUCCAGCUAAAGUUGAAGACCCUAUGAUCAGGGGAGAUAUCUUGGUUCAAACACUCAAGGAUAUGAAUGGAGAAGCCACUAACACUUCUCAAGCGAACCAUGGAAAUACAUUCCUCCAAGCUCUUGAAAAUGAAUUUCAGUUAAUGAACCGGAUAGGCAAUAUCCGGAACAAAGGAUGGAUAUACAUGGAUGAUGAGCAGUUCCAGUUCAUAUCGCGUUUGUGUGGAUCUACUCACACAUCUUGGAAUAGUGUACCUGAUUUGCCAGUCUCUUCUGGUGGUGAAUUACAACAGAAGGAUGAGGAAACGGCGAUAAUUGAGUCCAAGAUAAGUCAGAUAAAGGACCUUUUCCCUGAUUAUGGGAAGGGUUUCCUUGCUGCUUGCCUGGAAGCCUACAACCUGAACCCCGAGGAAGUUAUCCAAAGGAUAUUAGAAGGCACACUUCAUCAAGAUCUUCUAGCUCUGGAUACUUCAUCAGAAGAGAUGCCACAGAAAAAACUCGCACCAACUGCUGUUAAAGAUAAAGGAAAGGGCAUAUUAGUGGAGACUGCGACUCAAAUUAGAAACAAACCCUAUAAAGUUGCUGAGACACGUUACAUUGUUGAAGAUGGCCCAUCUUCAGUUUCAUCAGCAUCCCAGGGCCCAUCUUCAAUUUCAUCAGCAUCCCAAGGCCCAUCCUCAUCUGUAUCAUCUGUCCCACAAGGUAGAUUUACAAGGAAGGCCAAUGAUGAUUUGCCUGACACUGCAACUCUGGAGUCAAAAAAAGCUAAAGAUGCCGUUAGAUCUGCUGUCCUUGAAUCCCAGUAUGAAUAUGAAGAUGAGUAUGAUGAUUCAUUUGAUGAUCUUGGCUUCAGUGUGGUAGAGUCAAGUUAUGAGCAAAUUGAUGAUGCCAAUGACACCGAAGCUUCAUCACAGGGCCCAAGAUGGAGUUCACAAAAGAAACCUCAGUUUUUUGUUAAGGAUGGGAAAAAUUACAGUUAUAAGGUUGCUGGUUCAGUUGCGGUAUCUAGUGCUCGAGAAGCAGCUGUCAUUCGGCAAACUCAAAAAGAUACAAUUUAUGGUCUUGGCCGUGGAGGAAAUGUUCCUUUUGGAGUUCCCAACAGGCAGCAUAUAGAUGUGGAGGAAGAGGAGGUUGAUGAUGCAAACAACUUCAGCAGAGGAGGUUUGAAUCCCCGCGGCCGAGGCAGAAGAGGUCGCAGAGGUCAAGGCAACCCUCCAGAGGAGAAUGAGAACUCUAAUGGACGAGGCUUCGGCCGUGGUGCUAAACGAGGGGGCUGGAAUCAGGGCAGCCCAGCUGAGGAACACGGGAACCCUAAUGGCCAGCAAGGUUUUGGCCGUGGUUCUAGACGAGGGGGCUGGAAUCAGGGCAGCCCGGCUGAGGAACAUGGGAACCCUAAUGGCCAGCAAGGUUUUGGCCGUGAUGCUAGACAAGGCGAUAGGAACCAUGACCAUUUAACUGAGGAUAAUGAAGACCAUGAUCCAGCACAGGGUUUUGCUCGAGGAGGGCCAACUCCUCGUGGUGGCAGCGGUGGAAGGAGAGGUGGCCGGAAUCAUCACAGGAGAGAUCGGGCAAUGAAGAAGCAUAUGCAAGGAAUGACAGGGCUUUAGCUGACGGUGGCGCUCACUUUUGAAGGGCGGGAACUGUAAAUGACAUUUUUGUUGGCACUUAUACGAGAGAUCAAGCACUCAGCUACUGCCCCCCCCCCCCACACACACACAUAGUUGCUAGUCUAUAUUGUAAAAAAUAGCAUAUGAAAUGAGAAUGCCAUAGAGAUUAAUUGUCCUGAAGUACUUGUUGCGUCGUGCAGUGUUGCACACUCAUCCUGAUUGUUCAUGUUACCUUCUGGGUUGCCCAAAGGUUUGUAAUUUUGUAUCCGAGACGCUUCAAUGCAGAUCUAUGUAGUCAUCUGCUUUGGAGGAA